AUGGGAAAAUUUGAUUUUAUAAGUGGUAGAACAGCUACUGCUGGUUUAAGAGGUAAAAAAUUAAGAUUAGCAGUUACUGCAAUUGCAACAACUGGUUUUUCAUUAUUUGGUUAUGAUCAAGGUCUUAUGUCCGGAUUAAUUUCUGGUGAUCAAUUUAAUUAUGAAUUUCCACCAACAAAAGAAAAUGCAACUAUUCAAGGUGCUGUUACUGCUUGUUAUGAAUUAGGUUGUUUUUUCGGUGCAAUUUUUGCAUUAGUAAGAGGUGAUAGAAUUGGUAGAAAACCUUUAAUUGUUUGUGGUUCAUUUAUUAUUAUUAUUGGUACUAUUAUUUCAGUUACUGCUAUAAAACCUUAUUGGCAAACUGGUCAAUUUGUUAUUGGAAGAGUUGUAACUGGUAUUGGUAAUGGUAUGAAUACAGCUACUAUUCCUGUAUGGCAAUCAGAAAUGUCUCGUGCUGAAAAUAGAGGAUUUUUAGUUACUUUAGAAGGUGCAGUUGUUGCUGUUGGUACUUUCUUAGCUUAUUGGAUUGAUUUCGGAUUUUCAUAUAUAGAUUCAUCAGUUCAAUGGAGAUUUCCAGUUGCUUUUCAAAUUGUUUUUGCAGCUAUUGUGUUUGCAGGUAUUAUAAAUUUACCAGAAAGUCCUCGUUGGUUAAUUGCUCAUAAUAGAAAACAAGAAGCUUAUGAAGUUCUAGGUUAUUUAAAUAAUGUCAGUCCAGAUGAUGAUGAAGUUAUUGCUGAAGCUUCACUUAUAAUUGAUGCAGUUAAUAGAUUUGCUAAUGCUCAAACUGGUUUUAGAGAUUUAUUCACAGGAGGUAAAACUGCUCAUUGGCAAAGAAUGGUUAUUGGAUCAAGUACUCAAUUUUUCCAACAAUUUACUGGUUGUAAUGCAGCAAUUUAUUAUUCAACUUUAUUAUUUUAUCAAACAAUUUUCAAUUAUUCUAAAUAUAGAUUAUCAUUGAUUUUAGGUGGUGUUUUUGCAACAAUUUAUGCUUUAUCAACUAUUCCAUCAUUCUUUUUAAUUGAUACAUUAGGUAGAAGAAAAUUGUUUCUUAUUGGUGCAACAGGUCAAGGACUUUCUUUUAUAAUAUCAUUUGCUUGUUUAGUUAGAGAUACUGAAGAAAAUGCAAAAGGUGCUGCAGUUGGUAUUUUCUUAUUUAUUGUAUUUUUUGCAUUUACAAUUUUACCAUUGCCAUGGGUAUACCCACCAGAAAUAAAUCCAUUACGAACAAGAACAACAGCAGCUGCAGUUUCAACUUGUACAAAUUGGCUUACAAAUUUCGCAGUUGUUAUGUUUACACCUGCAUUUAUUGAAAAAUCAGGUUGGGGAUGUUACUUAUUUUUUGCAUGUAUGAAUUUCUUAUUUAUUCCAGUCAUUUACUUCUUUUAUCCAGAAACUAAAGGUAGAUCAUUGGAAGAAAUUGAUAUUAUAUUUGCAAAAGCUUAUGUUGAAAAAAGACAACCAUGGAGAGUUGCUGCUACUUUACCAAAAUUAUCAUUAUCUGAAAUUGAUGAACAAGCUAAAGACUUAGGAUUAUAUGAUGAUGAUUUUGAAAAAGAUAAUUUUGAAACAAAAGAAGAUAUAAGUGAUUCUACAAGUGCUGAAAAUAAUGGAGUUUUUGAAAGAAAACCUCAUCAACAAGAAGAAGAAGUUUAA